AUGCACGAUCGGCCAAGUACGGCGCCGCUGAUGCUCAGUACGGACAACCUCGGUGUGAGCGAGAAUAGUAGUGCUGAGUCAUCAGAGACCGAGUCAGCCAUUACAGUAGACGGUGGCCUUGAGGACGAAAAGGCUGUGAUAGCUAGCAGAGGUUCAAGUUCCUUUGAAGAUAGCGUUAACUGA